AUGUUGCACAACACAAAACAGCAAAGGCGGCCUCGAAGAGCACAUUCUUUUGUUUCCUCACAACGUCCCAGCCCACGCCGUGUUGACGUCGCUAUCCCUCGAGACUGGUCCCUCUGCCGAGUGCGGCCAUCUUGUGGGGCGGGCGCCGUCGAGUGCGCCACUCGUGUGCACCACUACAUAUUGGAUGAGCGCAACAGAAGUCGCGACGAGUGGGGCACAAAGGCUAUAUCUGUACGGUCUCGAGACGGAGAGCGCUUCAACGGUUCGCGGGGACGCCCCCACGCGGAAUAUCCCUCGGCUGAGAUCGUGUCCGUGUCGUGUGUUACGUUUGUCGAC